GGCCAGUGUCGCCACAGGCAUUUGUUAACGGCAGGGUUUUUUUUGUUACAUGAAGCUCGCACUAAAAACAGUUUUGUAACUAAAAUAUUGCAAAGGUUUAUCAAUCCGGGUUGUCAAGGAUUGCUCAUUUGUAAUUGGAUGAUAUAUAGGAAAAGGCGGCCCCUACUCUGCUUUUAUGAUAAACCAACUGGAUGGCACACAGGAAAAGGUGGGUCUUGAAGAGCUGCGUGCCAAUAAACGAGGCGCAUUGCCUGCUUGUCAGUUGAGGUAUUGAUCUCCGCCCCAAGAAUGUGCUGCAGGAGAUGGGACUUUAGUGUGUCAUUCUGCUCUUAACGUUUACUGUGCGCUGCAAGCUAUCCGCAUUAUCAAAAGAGAUUUUGGCUUUGAAUUCAAAUCGACUAGAAAAAGAUUGGUUCUCUUCUCCGCGACUGUGAAGAACAUCGCUUGCAACCAUAGGGCCACGCAUCAGCUUGCCGCUGAACACAUCAACCAGAAUGGCUGGAAAGGUGGGUACUCGGGGAUGUAAGAAAAUUCGCGGAGCUCAAAUCAGAGAUAUUCUCGAUUCAAAGCACAACGUCCUGUUUGAUUGCGAUGGGGUGAUUUGGAACGGUGAAACAGUCGUAGCCGGAGCGCCAGAGGUGGUGACUCUGCUUAAGCAACAGGGCAAACGCGUAUUUUUUGUCACCAAUAAUUGCACCAGGCCGAGGGAGAACUACGUACAGAAGUUUUCCAGACUGGGCUUCACUGAUGUCGUUGAGGAGGAGAUAUUUAGCUCUGCGUACUGCUCUGCAGCUUACUUGAGAGAUGUAGCUAAGGUCCAAGGCAAGGUGUUUGUCAUCGGUUGUCACGGAGUGCAGAAAGAGCUCCAAGACGCCGGGGUCCCCAUCGUGGAGGAUGUCAGUGACGGCCCUGAUGUCAGCAUCUACAACUUUCCCCUAGAGCCAGACGUAAAAGCAGUCCUCGUUGGAUACGACGAACGGUUUACUUUCAUGAAACUGGCUAAAGCCUGCUGCUACCUGAAGAAUAGCGACUGCCUCUUUCUGGCCACCGACCCUGACCCUUGGCAUCCACUCCGCGGGGGCAGAAUCACACCAGGUUCAGGGAGCCUCACAGCAGCCCUGGAGACAGCCAGCAGCCGCAAGGCCACGGUCAUUGGAAAGCCCAGCCGCUUCAUGUUCGAGUGCAUCGCCAGCCAAUUUGACCUGGACCCGGCGCGGUCGCUCAUGAUUGGCGACCGGCUGGAGACUGAUAUUCUCUUUGGGGCCAACUGUGGACUGGACACUAUGCUGACCCUCACCGGGGUCUCCACGAUGGAGGAGGCCCAGCAGUAUAGGGACAGCGAUGCUUCAGAGAAGAAGGACUUUGUGCCGGAUUACGUGGUGGAGACCAUCGGCGACUUCCUCCAAGCUCUGGAGGACUGAAGAGGGACCCUUAUGUAGCAGCCUGGACUGAACCUGAAAUGAGACUUUAACACCAGUAAACGACUGACCUGAGGUUGCGUUACUGAGCCAACAUUAAAAAAAAUGUCUAUCUCUUCUUAAGUACUGCACAAGUUGUCCUGCACAAGUAGUCCUGAAACCCAUACCAGGUAGAGAGAUGAAGGAAUUGACCUUCUUUACAUUAUUUAGCUUAGUCAUCCAAAUGAUCACCGACCACAAACUAUCGCAAAUGCCAGUACUGAGUGGAAUAACACUAUACUGGAUCAUGGGAGUGCAACAAAAGUUUCAUAGCUAAUUCAUAUCGUGCACAGGAUUAGCCUGUGUUAGUGAGAAUUCGAACCUGAAGUGCAAAUAAUAGCACAGACAUAAACAUUCCAAGCUGACGCCGCACACAGCACCACUUGUGAUGGGAAAUCAAAGAAUUGAAAGUCAGACAAACAAGUGGAGCAUGAUAUAUCGGCUGAACAUGCAGUUGGUGGUAAAGAUGUUAGCUUCAUUUUAUGUUUGACAAACAGUUAUGGAUCUCUUUGGUGGGAUUUUGAAGCCCUUGAGUUUUCAUCCAGCCACAUGGUGCUCAAAUCUGUGCCUCACCUCUAGACAGACUUCCCUAAGGUUUAGAACACAUUUAGACCUUUUGCAACGAAAUUGGUGUAACUAAGGGAUAAUGUAUCACCUUUGAUGUUUGAUGUACUCAGUGUUUUACUGUAGUGGAACAGAUUUGUUUUUCCCCCCCAUGAAAUUGGAAGUUUCAGGCCCCAUGACCUCAAGUAGUCAGGCAAAGACAUCUUCCUGGUAAUUGGAAUCCACAACUAUGCGAAAACAUUUUACCCACAAUGGUGUAACAACAGUUAUGCUUUGUUUAUCUGCACAUCUGCUGACAAUCAUCUCGACCAGUAAAAGAUUUUUCACGUUUUUCACCACCUUCCCCAGACCAAUACAAAGUGCUAUGCUACGUGUGUCACGGGUUGGUAAUUAAAGAUUGUUAUGAAUUAAUAAUUUUUUGGGCACUAGGCUGACAAGCAUGACAUGACCACUCUCUUAGUCAUGAUAGAGCCAUCAUAGCAACCUUUUUUUAAUUUUAGAGUACAUUCAAUGUGAAUAUCAUUCAUAUGAUGGAGAAUUUUCAGAGAAUUCUAAUUCUAUAAGUAUACUUAUACUUCUCAAUUUUAUUGAACUGAUGCUAUUAGUGAAGCACAAACUAUUCACUGAACUCAUGACAGUAUUGCCUUCUAUUUACAAAUGAUAAAUGAGCUGAUUCCACUGUGAUAACCUCUUUUGCUAUUGUGUCCAAACCAGGCAAUGACAGUUUGCUGCGUCGUGUAGCCAUCGCAGUGCUAGUCUGUAAUUGUGGCAGAUGCAGAAUUGCUAUCCAACUACCCCAAAACACCAUUCUCACGGCUUCAGAGAACCAUCUUAAUUGUGUUGUGUUUUUUUAGCCAUGUGCAAGCCUUACGCCUAUGUAGGUUUCUGUGUGGACAUGAUUGACCUUGAAAUGUGACCUCCAUAUAGUGACUGAGUAUUAUGCAUCAAAGUUAAGCAAGUGACAGUUUUGGUUUUGCCUGUAAAGUUGCAUUCAGACGGUUGUUUGGCUCUUUGUAGCCUUGCCAUUUUAAAUAGAAUUACUUUGGCAGCAAGUUGCAAUACUUCAAGUGAAAAGAAUACAAAGUAAGCUUUCAUCGGUUGUCAAUUCUAAAUUUGGGUUUGUGAAAAAUUACAAAUUUUAAUUAAAAAUGCAAUUGGGUGAUUUUCUCUUAAAUGAACGACUGGCAUUACACAACCAUUGAAUGUUCACUAGUGCAUGGUUUGCUAAGAAGAGUAUCAUGGUUUGCAAAUGGAACGUUUAUAUAUCUUGAAUGCUUUUGUUUCUUCCCAGUGUUAGGAAAAUUAGGGGCUGUUGUGUUUUGAUAAAAAAAAAAAAAAAAAAAAGUCUAAUUUGUGCACAAAUUUGAUUGAUAGAGAUUUUUGGUCUUUGUUUAUUGUCUCAAGCUAGACAUUGUAUUGUAUAUUUAUUGAAAUACUUUAUUUUAAUAGAUUGAUAACUUCAUUCAAUUAUUUGCCAAUAUGUUCUGUGUGAACUUA